AACUGGCAACUUAAAUUAAUGAUUUGAUUUGAUCUGUGUUGUGCCUGUGUUUGUGUUGUUAUUCUCUUAUUUUGUUUUUAUAGUGUCAUUUGUUCAUUCUUCAUUUAUAACUGUUUUAAUUGAUGUUAAUAUUAAUAAAGAUGAUGGCGUGUUUAACCGAAAUAAUAACUUGCUAAAACUUGUUUAUUUCACUUGGUUAUGAAAAUAUCAUGGAUGAAAAAUGUAGAGUUUGCUUACAGAGAGGAUCUUUGGAGUGUAUUUUUAGAGUAAAAGGAUCUUUAAAUUUAUCAACAAAAAUUAUGUCCAUAGCUAAUGUUAAGAUAUUCCCUAAUGAUGGGUUACCAUCAACAAUAUGUAAAACAUGCACAGAAAAGCUUGACCAAUGUAUUGAAUUUAUUGAAUUGUGUCAAAAAUCAGAUCAUACUUUACGAUUAACCAUAAACAAUAUUCAAAAAUCAUUGAUAAAUACCAUAGAAAAGUAUUAUACAGAAAACAAUCCUGAUGAUGGUAUAAAUAAUUCUGAACUUGAAAAUGAUUAUAUGGAUAAAAACCUUAAAUUACCUCAAGAAAGAGCUAUAGAUAAUAUUACUAAUGAAAAAGAUGUAAAGUUAGAAAGAAAUGUGGGUAUUUUAAAAGUUGAAAAUAGAGAAUCUCGGAAACAACAGUGUUUUAAAUGUGGCAAGGUAAUGUCUUCUAGGUUCCGUUUGAAAACUCACUUAAGGACUCACACUGGAGAGCGACCGUUUUCUUGUCCACAUUGCAACAAAAACUUUUCAUUGGAACAGAAUUUGAAAGUCCAUCUUAGGACACAUACGGGUGAGAAACCAUUCAGUUGCAGUAUAUGUGGUGAGAAUUUCGCACAUUCUGCAGGUCUUGCGGUGCACAGACGAAAACACACUGGCCAGAAGCCUUACCAGUGCAUCUUAUGUCCACGUAACUUUCGUACUGUUGGCCAUUUGCAGUAUCAUAUAAGGAGACAUACUGGCGCAAAAAAUUUUGAAUGUGCAACUUGUGGGAGAGCUUUUAUAACGCAAAGCGAUUUGAAACGUCACUCCUUAACGCAUUCGGGAGAAAAACCUCACGUGUGCUGUUAUUGCGGCGUGCGCCUUACACGCGCCUCACAUCUCAAGAGGCACAUACGGUUUAUACACAAAGAAAAAGAAGUGCAAGCUGAACUCCGCAAGGGAGGAGAAAUUGAAACACAGAAGACAUGUUGUAUUACCAAAGGAUAUGGUGAAAUUGGUGCCAAAGAACCAUCUCAUGUCUGAGCAGGAGUGGCGUAAUAUUGGAGUGCAGCAGAGUCAAGGAUGGGUGCAUUACAUGACACAUCAACCUGAACCCCAUAUCUUAUUGUUCCGAAGGAAGAUAACAACACAGCCGAAGAAGACCUAAAGUUUUGGGUGGUAAAGAUUUGUACAUUCAUUGAUGAGUUAAUUUUUAAAGGUAAAAUAUAAGCUGACUCAUAACAAACUUCAAAUAUCAGGGUCGAGUUACUUAGUUCUCUUUAAUUUGGUUAUUAUAGUAUGUUAAAUAACUGGUAGUGAUUUUUUACUGUUUAGUCAUUUAAAUCUAACAUUUCUUGUAGAAAUUAUGAAAUGUUACUUUACCUUCAAUAAGUUACUAUACAGAUUAAAUCUAUUUUACCUAAAAUUGCUGGAUAGAUUUUAGAUUUAGUAGAAUUAUAAAAUUGAGUUUGUUUGAAUGUUGAUAAAGUUUGGUUUGUUAUGGGUUUGAUCAUCAUUCCGUAAUUUAGAUUGUUUUAAGUAAGUCAUUAAUUUAAGAAGUCCAGUGCCUUACAUGACAAUAAUGAAUUAUAGCUUAUGUAAAUUUUAUUCUAAAUGUUCCUUUCUCAAAUUAUAGCUUGUAAAUAUGUUUUAAUAUAGUAAUCUGCAAGUUGUGCUUCUUUUAACCAGAAUUAUGGAAAUUAAUGAAAUGUAGUUAUUAAUAUUUCUUAAAUGUUAUUCUUUAAGCAGUAAUUAGGCAUCUAGAUUUUUGCAGCAUUGAUUUUUUGACAUUUGUAAUAUAUUGAUGGGUGAAAGGCUGUUUGUUUUAAGCACCAUUAGGUUAAAUGUUCAGAGGAGUUAAAUUUUCCAAUCGGUUCGAGGUUAAAAUUACUAUAAUUCUGCAUACUUUAUUACUUAUUUCAUAUUUAAAAUUUGCUGAUUCUGAAUAUAUAUGUAUAAGUCAAUAUUGCAUACAAUGGCGGUUAAAACAAAUUGCUUCCCCCAUCAAUAUUAAGUUUAUUGAUUGAAAAAUAAUACCUCAAAUGUUAAAUUUCUAUUUAUUUUGCAUAUAAAAUUUACACAA